AUGCCCGACUUCUUCCCCUUCAUCCAAGACAACGCCAGCAACAGCCACGCCGACAACACCACCCCGCUCCUAGGCCGCUUCCGCGCCGUACCCAGCCGCACGCGGCGGCUCUCGCGGCCCCUUCACCCGCACCAUACCUCCCCUCCCACCGCACAGCAGCAGCAGCAGCACUAUCGCAACCUCCUGGCCAGCGGCGGGCGCGGCAGCGUACACGUCGGGUACGGGGCGCUGGUCGCGACGGCCGCCGCUGCCGACUCGGACGAUAACGACUUCUGGGGCGACUUCGACGAUGAUGACGAGGACGAUGAGGACGGGGUUUAUGGCGGUGGCGGCUCGCGGAUACGGCGCGUCUGGCGGUUUGGGAGGAGGGUCGGCAGGGCGGCGAGGCGGGAUGUGGAGGACUUGUGGGUUGCGCCGCGGCAGAGCGCUGUGAAGCGCGUGGUUGAGAGCUGGUGGAGUCGUUGGGGGUUUCUGGUUUUCUUGCCUGCUGCUUUGGCGGUAGCAUGGUGCGCGCUUCCCUUUCCGCAGUACCCCCUCGACGCCUCGCAAUCGCACAUACACGCCAACAGGUCCUUUGCGCUGCCCCCCUCAACACCGACGAACUCGACCGACCCGCCCUCCUCCGACCACCGCGCCCCCGGCCACGGCGAAGCGCGCAUACAGAUAAACUUCUGGUUCUUCCUCUUCGUCUACUACGGCUUCUACAACCUGACGGCCCUGAUCUGGAUCACCAAGGUCUUCAACCUCUACUCGCUGAACUGGUGGCCGUCGGCGCUCGGCUUCCCGCUGACCAUCUCGCUGAUCGCGGUCCUCUCGCUCGCCGCGCCCGUGCCCGUCUACCUGCACCCCGCGACGCGCUUCCUGACGGUGCACAACACGGCCUGGAUCAGCUGGACCUUUGUCAUCAUGGCGAUGCCCGUGGCUAUCGCCUUCGGCAUCCUGAUGACGCACGAGCGCCACCUGGGCCUGCGCCACUCGCUGAGCGAGACCCAGCGCAUCUUCACCACCUCGUGGUGGACCGGCGGCGACGGCGACGACACGCUCCAGGCCGCCCGCGCGAGUCGCAACAACCGCGCCCGCAACCGCCGCACCGGGGGCCUCGGCCCGGGCGCCUUCGACCCGGACGCGGUGCUGCAGGUCGGUGCCGACCAGCAGCCGCCGCCGGCCUUCAUGCAGCGCCGCCGGUGGCUGCCCGCGAGCUUCGUGCGCUUCGUGUGGUUCUGCCUCGCGCUGAUCAUCAGUCUGCUGGCGUACGUGAUAGGGGAGGCCUAUGCUGAGAUAUACCUGCGGACCCUGCCGCACAACAACUUCGAGACCAUUGUCUACGUCUACAGCUGGAUCGUCACGGUCCACCUGCUGGACGCGCUUACGGGCUGGAUCCUCGGCGCCAGCGAGGGGGAGCGCGUCGGCAGCUAUCCCCUGAGCUGGAUCUUCAAGCUAUACUUCAUGCUGACCUACCAAACCUACGUACGCGCUCUAUAUGCGCGCCUGCGCUCGCCGUCACAGUUCAUCUGGCUGCAAGCGCUGUCCUCAAGCUUCCUGAUCGUGCUGACGCCGAUAACCAUGACGCGGACGUACCACCGGGCGCUCACCUUCCUAGGUAUGACAGGCCAGUCCUACGGGUCGUACCAGAAGAUCUGCACGCGCAACGUCUUCAUCCGGUUCCUAGCCGAGAACGUGAGCAUGCUCGCCUUCCUCGGCAGCAUCCUGGUGCUGCACUUCGGGCCCAACAAGGACGUCUACCCGUACUUCGCCUUCGACUUCGACGACGACGACAGCGAGCAGUACGACUUCAAGCUCACCUUUUACGCCUCCAUGAUCACGUGGGCGUGCGAGCUCGCCGCGGGCAUUGUCCUCCGGGGCCUGAUCCGCUGGUUCUUCGGCGUCAACGCUAAUGUCGAGGGCAAGAUGGACCUGGCGGUCUGGCCGGAGCUGCUGCCCACGAGUGUGGCCGUCAUGCUGCACGUGUUGCAGAACAUGCUGUUUUCCAUUAUUCGGCUACACUUUCGGUGA